CUGGGUUCUGAUGGCCCCUGCUCCAAUGGGCCAGCAGCGCCUUCACCCUGUACGUCUCCCAUUCAUUCCAGCCAGGAGGACAAGGAAAACAAAACUCUAAAAAUAACUGUCAGCAUCUUAAAAAGAGAAAAGCUUCGCUGUCACCACCACCCCCCUUCUUCUACUCCCGCCCUCUCUCCGCGCCACGGGGCACAUGUCUGCUUCUUACAACACCGCGAGGCACAUGGUCCCAGUUAGACACCGAACCCCAUCGCGACCGAGAGGAAAUCCACCUCUGUGGGACGCUCCGCACAGAACCGCCACCUCCAGCGAGGGAGGCCGGGGGACUGCAGCGGCGACAUGAAGAAGGGCUAGAGCGAGGGGACGCGGCUCAUGCGACGGCCGGGAGCGCCUGCGAGCUGGAUCUGGUGGAGGAUGCUGCGGCAGGUGCUUCGCAGAGGGCUCCAGUCAUUCUGCCACAGGCUGGGCUUAUGCGUGAGCCGGCACCCGGUCUUUUUCCUCACCGUGCCGGCAGUCCUGACCAUCACCUUCGGCCUCAGCGCGCUCAACCGCUUCCAGACCGAGAGCGACCUGGAGCGCCUGGUUGCUCCCAGCCACAGCCUGGCCAAGAUCGAGCGCAGCCUAGCCAGCAGCCUUUUCCCCCUGGACCAGUCCAAAAGCCAGCUCUAUUCGGACUUACACACCCCUGGGAGGUAUGGCAGGGUGAUCCUCCUCUCCCCACCCGGGGACAAUAUUUUGCUCCAGGCUGAGGGGAUCCUGCAGACCCACCGAGCCGUGAUGGAAAUGAAGGUGAACCACAAGGGCUAUAAUUAUACUUUUUCCCAUCUGUGUGUGUUGAGAAAUCAGGAUAAGAAAUGCGUGCUGGAUGAUAUUAUUUCAGUGCUAGAGGAUCUCAGGCAGGCUGCCGUCUCCAAUAAGACAACAGCCAGGGUGCAAGUAAGGUAUCCCAACACUAAAUUAAAGGAUGGGAGGAACAGUUUUAUUGGACACCAGCUGGGCGGGGUAGUGGAAGUGCCAAACAGCAAAGACCAGCGGGUCAAGUCAGCCAGAGCCAUUCAAAUCACCUACUACCUCCAGACCUAUGGUUCUGCCACUCAAGACCUCAUAGGGGAGAAGUGGGAGAAUGAGUUCUGUCAGCUUAUGAGGAAGCUCCAGGAUGAGCACCAAGACCUCCAACUGUACUCUCUGGCAUCUUUUAGCCUGUGGAGAGACUUUCAUAAGACCAGCAUCCUGACCAGAAGCAAGGUCCUGGUGAGCCUCGUGCUGAUCCUGACCACAGCCACCCUGUCCAGCUCCAUGAAGGACUGCUUGCGCAGUAAGCCCUUCCUGGGCCUCCUGGGGGUGCUCACGGUAUGCAUUUCCAUCGCCACUGCAGCCGGGAUCUUCUUCAUCACUGAUGGGAAGUACAACUCCACCCUGCUGGGAAUCCCUUUCUUCGCCAUGGGUCAUGGAACUAAAGGAGUAUUUGAGCUUCUGUCUGGAUGGCGGAGAACCAAAGAGAAUUUACCCUUCAAAGACAGGGUAGCAGACGCCUAUUCUGAUGUGAUGGUCACCUACACCAUGACCAGUUCCCUGUACUUCAUCACGUUUGGUAUGGGUGCCAGCCCCUUCACAAACAUAGAGGCAGUGAAGAUCUUCUGUCAGAAUAUGUGUGUCUCUAUUCUAUUGAACUACUUCUACAUUUUCUCUUUCUUUGGCUCUUGCCUGGUCUUUGCUGGACAACUUGAGCAAAAUCGAUACCACAGCAUCUUUUGCUGUAAGAUCCCUUCUGCAGAAUACCUGGACGGCAAGCCUGUGUGGUUCCAGACAGUAAUGAGUGAUGGGCACCAACAGACAUCCCAUCAUGAGACAAACCCCUACCAGCACCAUUUCAUCCAGCACUUCCUCCGAGAACAUUACAAUGAGUGGAUUACCAAUAUCUAUGUGAAGCCAUUUGUGGUCAUCCUGUAUCUCAUUUAUGCCUCUUUCUCCUUCAUGGGGUGCUUGCAGAUCAGUGAUGGAGCCAGCAUUAUCAACCUACUAGCCAGUGACUCACCGAGUGUGUCCUAUGCCAUGGUUCAGCAAAAAUAUUUCAGCAACUAUAGCCCUGUAAUAGGAUUCUACGUCUAUGAACCCCUGGAGUACUGGAACAGCAGCGUCCAGGAGGAUCUGCAGAGGCUCUGUAGUGGGUUCACUGCAGUGUCCUGGGUGGAACAGUACUACCAGUUUCUAAAAGCGAGCAACAUCAGUGCCAAUAACAAGACCGACUUCAUCAGUGUCCUACAAAGCUCGUUUUUAAAAAAGCCAGAGUUUCAACACUUUCGGAAUGAUAUCAUUUUCUCCAGGGCUGGGGAUGAAAACAACAUCAUCGCUUCUCGCUUAUAUCUGGUGGCCAGGACUAGCAGGGACAAGCAGAAGGAAGUCAUCGAAGUUCUGGACAAGUUGAGGCCCCUGUCUCUCUCAAAGAGUAUCCGGUUCAUCGUGUUUAACCCUUCCUUUGUUUUCACAGACCAUAAUAGUCUGUCAGUCACUGUGCCUGUUCUGAUCGCAGGCUUUGGGGUUCUCCUGGUGUUAGUCCUGACUUUCUUCCUAGUGAUCCAUCCUCUGGGAAAUUUCUGGCUAAUUCUUAGUGUCACCUCAAUUGAGCUGGGCGUUCUGGGCUUAAUGACAUUGUGGAAUGUCGACAUGGAUUGCAUUUCUAUCUUGUGCCUUAUCUACACUUUAAAUUUUGCCAUUGACCACUGUGCACCACUGCUUUACACAUUUGUACUAGCGACUGAGCACACCAGAACACAAUGUAUAAAAAGCUCCCUGCAAGAGCAUGGGACAGCCAUUUUGCAAAACAUUACUUCUUUUCUUAUUGGGUUGGUCCCCCUCCUCUUUGUGCCUUCAAACCUGACCUUCACACUGUUCAAAUGCUUGCUGCUGACCGGGGGUUGCACGCUUCUGCACUGUUUUGUUAUCUUACCUGUGUUCCUAACCUUUUUUCCUCCUUCCAAAAAGCACCACAAGAAAAAGAAACGUGCCAAACGAAAGGAGAGAGAGGAAAUUGAAUGCAUAGAAAUCCAAGAGAACCCAGACCAUGUCACCACAGUCUGAGGGUGGAGACUUUUUCUUUUCCAGUGUUGCACAAUGAUGCAGGGCUAGUAAGGCUCAGACCUCAGCUGCUUGGGCUGGCCAGGGGUAACAAGGCAAGUCAGAUCAAGAGUGUAUUAUUCAUGACACAUCCAAGGGUCUGCUUUUUUCAGAGAAAGAGAUGAUAAAAUGAGGUGAAGUCCUAUACAACCUUGUGCUCCAUGAGAGAUAAUUUUCCAGACAUUGAUCUUAGAGUUUUUUCUGAGAAAUGGAUGGAUUGGUGUGUUAAAAUGGAAGGCUAAAAUAUCUAAAGAUUCUUAGAAGAAAUGGAGAAGGGAGUAAGUGGUCUCCAGAUAGGGGGUAAGACAGAGAAAAUGUCUAAUUUGUCAAGUCACUUCAUGUUUGCUUUUUGAACAGGUCAAGCAAAGGAAACUUAUGCACAUGGGAAGUACAUAUUUAAUCCUGGCUAAACCAAAGGACUGGACCACCCAAUCCACUUUGUGUGUACAUAUAAGUAUACAUCUACAUGUACUUAUAUUUGUCUUUAGUGUGCAUUGGUGUUUUGGUGAAAGAAAGUGUCCAUUUUCAGGUAGGCUGGCCUCUCUCUAAAAGUCAAAUCAGCUUUAGCCAAAUAUAUAAGCUCAUUAGAGAAGAUGCAAAAUAUCUAAUUGGCCACUUGAAAUCAACUCAACUGUCUAGAUAACAAGAUUAUUAUGAACUGUUUGAUAACAAAAUAAACAGAAAUUUGAAUCCAUUAAAUUCUACAUAUCAUGUUGUUGGUCACUGAGAUCCUACCUUUUGAGAUGACUUCACAAAAAAAAAAAAAACCCAAAAGGUAUUUGAGUUAAUUAGCAUGUGAACAAAUGUUUAAAAUCUAAAAUAGUUGAGAUAGCUUGUCAUUAGCCUUUAACAUUUCUGUGCAUUUACAUGGAAGGCCAGCAUGGCUGCUUUUGGAUACCUCACUCACCUGAAAAUGAGUACUUUAAGCACAUUAUUUUGGCGUACAUCUGUAAGGAUACACAGUGUAUGUGAGAGAUGAAAAGAAAUAAUGAGACACCCUAUCAUAGUUAAGCAUUCUUAUGUUAGAUGGUGAAAAUACUAUGUCGCAUAUAACAGUUAACACAGGAAAAAGAAAAUAUCUGGGGAACUUAGUGAGUAAAAUGGGUCAUCUACCAUUCACCAUUUCAGCAUCAAACAGUCCAUAGUAUAAGAAAAACUUGCAAACUCUAUAGAUUCUAGUGUGUUCCUUGGAAUACGUUUGGAAGCAUUAACCCAGACCAUGGUCACAAUGAUGGUGGUCACCAUAACCCCUACAGUGUCAUUGUGUUGCUUGUUGGAGUACCGUUGUCUUCAUUAACUAGAAAGUAAACUCCUAUGGCAAGCACAGCUAUCUACAGGUGCCAUAUUAACUGUGUGUCAUUGUGCCUGGACUCUACAUUUAAAAAAACAAGUACCGAGGUAAAUGUUUCCAUUGAGUUGGUGUUUAAAACUGUACCCCAGGCAGGUACCCAAUCUGCUGGGUACUUACAAGGACUAAGGCUGCUAUUCAUGUUGGAGAACAUUGCUAGAAAAUUCCUUUUCCAGGCCAAAUAGAGAACCUAAGGAACAAUUUAUUUCUGGGUAGAAUAAAACAAAUGCCUAAUGAUUACACAUCCUGCUAACAAGUUCUUUUUCCUGAGGAAAAUGUAUAAUCCCCACCAAUUUGGGUUGUAUAAUUUAAAGGCAUUAGCAAUACUAAUGCUUUAAAAGGCAAAGUACAACUAGAACUUUUAGAAAUUUCCAUUCCUGUUUCAGUUUUAGGAAAUGAUAUUGAUAGAUAACAAUGCUCUUCUAAAUGAUGCAAAUUUUUAAAUAGACAUCAUUUAAAUAAAACUUUAUUGAAAUGGCUUUUGUUCUAUUCUACCUUAAAGCCACUGUGUUUCAAUGUCUCCCCUGAUGUGGGUACAAUAACUAUAGAAUUAAGGAGAGACCAUAACUUGCCAUAACCACAUUUGGUGUUUUCACUGUAUCUGUAAAGUCAUGUGACAGGUAAUGCCAGCCUUUCAUCUCAAGAACUUCUGUGCUAGGGAGAACAGAUGUUUGGACAGUUGGCCUCCGGGCCAUGAGCUAAUAGUUGAAGUUGAAGUUUCUGAGCAGAUUUUGCAGUUGGAGAACAGAAUUCCUCUUUCAAAGCUACUCAUCACUUAUGAAGAUUGCUACCACUCACACCUGUUUAUAAAGACAGCCACUAAGAAGCUGAGGAUUCCAUGUCGCUCUGUGUUCAGUGAAACUCCAUCACUUCACCUAUUUUUGAUUUAAAGAUAACUUACUUGAGAUUUACAGUUACCCUAAACCAUUUCAGAUCCAAAAAAAUAAACAACAACAACAAGAUUGACAAGCUAACUGGCAAGCUUGCAAGUCGCCAAAUACAUGGCAGUACCACUGCAUAUUCUGCCAAAGCACUGAUUUCGAUGUCGCCCAAAGCACUUGGGUGGGGAAAGACUUGUUUAUGUAUUAGGUAUUGUCGUCAAGGAUCAGACUUGUAGGACAAACAGGAAUUUCUCAUUGUCCGACUGUCUAGAGGGGUGCAUUUUAGAAGGGAUGCUAUCUUCUCCAGAACACGUGAUUCUCUCUAAGGAUGUGUAGCAAUAAUUAACUGAAAUGAAAUUUCAUGCUCUGGAAGAGUUAAUAGAAUGCCCAAAAUGCCUUGUCUUGGUCUUAGGAAAUAAUAUAAGCCCAAAAGGAUCUCCCCAAGCAUCACGCAAACCUUCCAACCUCACUUUGAAGCAGACAUCUCCAAGAUUUCCUUCACUGAGUACCAACUACUAAAAUAUGAGAUCAUGAUUUGCAGGAAACCCUCCAAGCUCAGCCUUUUCUGUUUGUGCAUUCCUCUUUCUAGUAUGUCAGGUUUUUACUUGCUUUGUCCAUUGGGAAGUAGCAAUGGCAUUCAAGUAGGACUUUACUAUCAAACAGAGGGCCAUUCGAACCCUAGAAGAAAUCAGUGGGGGAAUCUUUUAGAAUUGCGGAGUAUUUUAUUUACUUAUUGUAAUGUAUUUUCCCUUGAAAUGGGAGAUUUUUAAAAACUUGUGAACCCCAGACCUUUUCUUGUUUAAACUGGACUGUGUUCCCCAUCAGAAUGUGAAACAUUCCUUCUGUUUUAUGUUCCAUUUUCCUCAAUGAGGAACUCACGUAAAUUACCAGCCAAGAUUUGUCUAAAAGUUCCAUGGGCUAACCUACAUCAUGUGGAAGUCUGUUGAAAGAAUAGAGAUGUACAUGUUUUCCGAUGGGGUCUUGCAAUGACUGUGAACCUCUUUGAAGGCUGUGCACGAGAACCCUAUGACAGAGCUAUUCUGAACUAAGUUUGUAUCACAUGAAAGUCUUUCUUCUAAUUGAUUUCUAUCCAUUUCCACAGGAAAAAUAAUUUAUGUUUCAUCUUGUAUGGUGAAAGGAAGAAGUGUGAUCCAUGUAGCUCCUACGAUGCUAUAAUAGCCAUUCUUGUAUGUCGAACUUGAGUGUAAGAGCUAUGUCCUCCACUCUGUAAUUAUCCAUUUGCACUUUACCAUAACAAGCUAAUCCUUCUAGACUUGUGAUUCUAGCUGGGGAUUAACUAUUGCCAUUCAGAAUUGUGCGUAUUUUUAUAUGUUGACUGUAAAUAUUGUCAUUACAGUCAAAUAUUUUUAUAAUCAAAUAUUUAUAAAUGCAUGGCACAGUGCACGCAUGAUUACUAGUAUGUAGAUUAUUAAAGACACUAUUUUCAGGGUUAUUACACUUUUUAUUAAAAUUCUCAUAUCCUCUAUCAUGAAUGCCUCAUGGGGUUUUAGUUGCAAAGACCUAAAGUCCAUAAAAAGAACUUCAUGCUGAGGGAAGCAAUCAGAAAAUUGCUUUCUCACAGUGUCAACAACAGCCAUCUACUCUAAGAUGACUAUUGGGAAAGCGCAGGGGCUAAGCCAGGUCUCUGGGUAAAGCACCAGGCAGAAUCAGCAUUAGGCAGUAAUUAAAUAUGUCCUGGGCUUGCUAAGACAAGACAGAAGUUGCAGUACCUUAAAAAUGGACCUGUGAUGUUGUCUCCUGAGACUAGAGAAUCCUAUGAUUUACUCCCACUUCCCAGAGAAGAGUCUGUGUUCAACCAGUUUCAUUGCUCUUUACACAGCCCUUUCUUAAUUAUUUCAAAGGUGAUCCAGAAAGCUUUCAUUUCUUUCAAAGGAAUUUCAAGAUCACUUUCAUUCAGCAACAAAUUCUUUAUUUUUUGGUUACAAAAAAAGCCAAAAUAAUAAACAGUUAUGACGUUCCUUGGCAUCAAGUCAAAACAUCUAUGGCUGAAUUAGUAUGCCCUUGCAGUCUCCUCAUCUUAAAUUUAAAUACUAAAUUCUGAAUCAUCUCUGUGGCACAGGUCCUUAUGCCAACCUUUUUCCACACAGCACAAAAAAUAAUUACUUUUUUUACAGCUUUCUGUUUAAUAUGACUGCAGGGAUAGUGACCAAAACAAGCUGCAAGGCCUCUUUCCAGGACAUUCAGCACACAGGUGUUGCACAUAUAUGUAGCCCUACUUCCAUUUCUGUUUCAGAUGACCCAUGUUCAUCAGAUGUUCAUCGGUGUGGUAGAUAGGAGGGCAGGGGGGACUGCUCUGUGCUCCAAAUGUUUGGGGAUUUUGUCAGAUGAAAUUUGAAUAAGAUUGGAAGAUACCGAAAGACAUAAAGCUACGUCUAAGAAAUCAAGAUAUCAGGGUAUGGGUGUGGUAGGAAGACAGACAUCAUUACAGUCCUUACAUACUAGACUUUAUAAGUUAGAAAAUAGCACAGAGAGUCAAUCGGUGACUCAAAACCAGAGGUAGCAAAUGUACCUACACGUAAAUAUAUCUAACCCACUUGAUCGUGUUCUUGUUUGUAAGACUCAGACUCAGGGUCUGCUUCUGGAUUUCUAAGCAUGACCAGAUCCAUUCUGUGAGUGAAAGCAAGAACCUGAAGGACUCUGAAAAGAUUCUUCAAAUAAACAUUCAGGAAAGUUUUUUUUCAGGAUACUGUAAUACAUAUGAUAAUUUUGAACAUAUUUAUGUACUUAAUGCGGGCCUAUGUCUGUUGCUGAUGGAGAAGUCAUUUUUUCUUCUUGUAAAGAGGGAAACAAUUCAAAGAGAAAAAUACAUGCAACCCGUAUUGGCAGUGUGCCUAGCUCUUUAUGGACCAUAUCUUAGCUCUUCUACAUCCUUAAAGGGGUUGUCAAGAUAAAACCAGCUUAGGCUACACUGGGAACCUCUGUCAGUGAGGCAUUUUUAAUACAAUAAAGUAUUAAAAAUUAUAAGUGAGAUCAUUGACAAGUUGGCACUUUUAUAAACUAUAGGACUCCAGCUCUCUCACUCAAAUGAAUUUUCCCAGAGAAAGCUCCCACAGGUCACAGCAAUUAUAAAAUCCUAAAAAUUAAAGGAAGCCUUGAUGACGUGGGAAUUAGAAUGUUUCACAGGCUCUGGGUGAUUCUUGCUCCGUUUCUUGAGCUUAGACAUUCGUAAUUAUUUUCCAGUUCGUUGUGUGACUCCUGGCAUGCCUGAUACAGCUUUCCUUCCCCCUUUGUUUUUUCAGUUACAAAACCACUACAUUCUCUCCAGGGCUCUUUCAAACCAGUGGAGAAGUAAGAGUUUUAAUGUUGUGGGAAGAUUCCCUUGAAGAGUUUCCUGGAAAGUGUUAGGAGUGACCACCAUGAAUAAAAGAUAAGUGGGGCUUAUUAUAACUGUGUCCCUUUCCAGGCCUGAAUAGAUUUAACUUGGAUUCUUGGAAGAGAUUGUUCAUGGCACACUGUGAGAAGCAUUCCAUUAGCUAAGUGUAAGAAAGGAGUAGAAUCUCCCACUGAAAAUUGAAAUCGCUUUCAUCACCCAAGUCAGAGGGUUGCGGGGUCUUUAUUGGUGGCCAUACUGAGAGACCUUGAAAAGGAAAUGGGUUGCUGUGGUUUUACAAGUCUUGGCACAAUCUGCAGCAUUUGUGUAUAAAUGAUUCGGGAUAGCCCAGCAUCUUUCCUCCUCUGGCAUAAAAGUCCGAAUGACUGCAAACAGCCCCCGUCCCGCUCACCAGUGUGAGCAUUCCAAAGUGUCUGCAGAGCUUAUGCGGCAAGCUUCUCCUGUGUUCCCAUUAAUUAUGCAUAUCCUUCCAGCAAUAGACUUCCUUGCUCUUAAGGAGAAAAUCUGUCGCCGUUUGAAAAGGACAGAGCUCUUGCUCAGCUACCUCACAGGGAUAUUUAAAGAUAAAAUGCCAUGCAGCCUUUGACUAAACGGUGACACGCUAUUAUUUUAUUGCCCGUUUACUCAGUAAAUUCAUACCCAGAUAGUUGGAAGAUGAACACCGUGUGCAGUUUUACCUGCGUGUGCCGUUUUCUAUAGAUAUUCACUAAUGCAGCGUCCCUUGGGAAAGUUGUUCAGUUAUCUCUUCGUGGGCAUCCCGGAGCAUGAAAGUUGAUGGAGAAAGAGUAUUGGUUCAGAAACACUGUUGCCUAGGAUUAACUUACAGACAGUGGCUCAUCAGCAAGAUGUGUCCUCGAAUAGUCUGUGACUGGCUUCAAUGAAAGGCCCAUGUGCCCUCCUUUUCAGAGGAUGGGAAAACAUCGAUUUGUGUCUUUAUCUUAUGUUAGGCAAAUAUGAAACAAUAAAGAUACUAGAAUUACAUCCUAAAUUUUCCCCCCAGUGGCAAACUACUAUUUUCCCCUCCACUAGGAUUCUGAACCACUGACUACUUCAAAUCAGUGAGGGGAAAACUGCUAGAAAGGAUAGCUAUCCCCUCACAAGUCAAUAAACCAUGGGUGUGACUGUAGAAACUGAGAGAUUUAUUUCUUUUCCUUUCCCAAAAGAAAUGCCACAGGUUCCCAAUCCUGUAGAGAUACUAUCUCUACAGAAAAAAUGAAGAAGAAAGAUAACACGUAUGAAAUUGUAAAGGUCUGGCAUCCUAACAAAACAAAUCCCAUAGCGAAACACCAUUGCCAGUUGCCUUUGUCGUAGAAUGACUUUUUAAUAUAAUAUUCCUAUUACAUUUAGGUUCUUUGCAUUCUUUUAGUGAAAAUAACCUUAUGUAUCACCCCCGAGUUCCAUUAAAGGAUUAAAGACCUCUGUUCCAGAAUUCUGCACAUAGGGCUCUAACCCUAAAACUACCUUCUGGACAGAAACUUAAAGGGAAAAAAAUGUACCAAAAAAGUGUGACUUAGUUAUAUUUCAGUGUCAAAAUGUCUUCUCCCAAAUUACAGACUGCCCAAAUACACACCUUAGGUCUUACUGAGCAUCAAAUAUUCCAACAGAUAUUAUUAAAACGGUUCAAAAUGUCAUUUCCAUGUUUUUCAUUUUCUAAAAUUUGGUUCAUGGUCAAAUUUAUAUGUGUUUCCGUUCUCAGUAAACAAAAUACAACAAUUUGAAACUGAGGUUUUUGUAACUAUCAAGGAAAUAAACAAGUGUGGUUCUCCAUACUGAAUGAUUCUCGCACCUCCAUGGGUAGGAAUUGGUUGGCAAACAUUUAUUUUAUUAUUUUUUUCAGGUCUUAGUUGUACAUUUAUGUAAUUACUUUAGUGAGAUUUUUCAGGAUCAUAUGACAUAACAAACCUACACCUGAGGCAUACAGUUAAAAAGUCUUAAGAAAAAUAAUAAUGGAGUCUUUGCUGCUUGUGAACAUUCUUCAGGCUUCCUUUAACUGUAGGACUGCUAGACAAACAUUUAUGAAGUUAUUAUUUUCACCUUGGACGUCAGCAACAGAUAACUGCCCCCUUGCACGAAGGGGGCAUUUAUUUAUAUUUUUAAAGUCAUAGCAUAUCCAAGAUACUAACACCAUGAAAUUCCUCGUCUUAAUUGCUCCUCCGGAUUUUUUUUUUAAUCAUUCCAAAUGCUAUUAAAGUCAAGUCAUUCCUACACUCACUGCAUUGCCCUUGAGCUCUCAUUGCAGAUACUAAAUGACAUAACACCCAACUUAUUCAUCUAACCUCAGGGAGUCCGUUCAACUUCCUGUCUUUUAGGGGAAGGUUCUCUCAUAGGCAAGUGUUAAAUUUCCCAAACAACUCCUCUUGACUUCACAGUGUGAUAUACUAUAACCUAGAUGCUUAUAUAUAAAUACAUAUGUAUGUAUAGAAAUACAGAUGUGUGUGCUUUUAGUUUGUCAUUUUGAUUUGAUUUGGUUGGGUUUUGUUGAGGCAGGGUUUCGUUGUGUAGCCCUGACUGGCCUUGAACUCACAGAGAUUCCCUGCCUCUGUCUAGAGAGUUCUGGGAUUAGCAGACCUAGCCAGGAUUUUUAUCCUUCCUGGAGAUCUGUGUUUGUUAUUUUAAUGGCUUGGUUAUAUAAUUGGAGAUAGGGUCUUUCUAUUUGGCUCCAGGUGACCUGGAGUAUCCCCAGAUGAUCAGUGUGUGUCGCAGCCUGUGAACCUGUAACUCAUAAUGACCCUGCCUCCACCUUUCCCUCCUUCCCAAAUUCUUGGAUUAUAGGUGUGCACCAUAAAUCUUGUUUUCUGUUUUUAUUAUUGUUUAACUUUUAAGGAUAUUAUUUAUUAAAAAAAGAACGCUAUGGUAUGCAUCAGCUAGCCCUACAUCAUUAAGAAAACUCACCAUCCAAAGCAAAUUAGUAUGUCUUGGCCGUGUUACGAGACAUUUUUUAUGAAAUCCAAAGUCCAUAAGCAGCUCUACAAUAUGGAAAUUAGGAAUCUAUUACCAAAAUAGCGCCAGUCAUUGUACUAAUUUCGAAUCUGAAAGAAUGUGUAAGCUGGCUGAAGUAAAUUCUGCCCAAAAUUUAGUGCAUUAUCUGGGCCAAUUCUCUCUGAAGUUUAUUGCAUUGCAGUAAAUCCCUGUAGCAACAGAAAGUCUAAAACUGCUUGGAUUCAUCACUUUUCUCACCAUCUGAGAAUACAACAAUAAAUCAGAGACUUGUCCCGAGGCAGUGAGCCGGCUUAGAAAAGAAAGUCCACCAUGCCUCACAGGAUUCGCCUCCACAUCUGUGUGAAAUUACAGGCUGUGGGCAAUCACGCCUAAGUCAGUCAAAUCAAGAUUUUGAAUUUUCGAGUUUCCAAGUCUGUUGGGUUCUGGAGAGUCAUGUGGCUGUGGCAUUAUGAAGAAUACGUAACUAACCCUCAUCCACACGAUUUAAGUGCACCAAUCACAAAGUUAGAGCACACAUCAAAGGCUAUUCUCGGUACUGAGCCUCUUUGUCUUUGAUAACAGCAUUUUCAAAAUUAGAGCCACGCCCGUGGGAAGGUCUUAUUUUGGACAAUUUCUAACAUUUAGAAAGGAAAAAAAAAAACAAGGAGGCUUUUGUUUCUUUGAUGAAAUGACUUAAUUUAUUCAUUAGCUGUUUUCCCACCAGUACUUAAUAUUUGAAUUGCUAAUUUACUUUUUCUUUUCUUUUGGGGUAAAUUUUUUUUUUUCUCAUAACAACUAAACUGCAUUUCCUUUUGGGUAAGAAUGAGUAUGUCUGGCAAGAGGUGAAGUCAAAUUUUAGCAAAAUAUAAGAUGAAUGGAUAUGUGAGCAUGCUUGCAAGCACACGAUUUAGAGAAAUUCUGCUCAAUGUUUCUUUGUGUGCAUUAAGCAGAAAUUCCCCACGCUUUGCCUUAGAAGCUGUAACACACAGGACAUUCCCCUUAGAGAUCAUUUUAUAUAUAUAUA